AUGAAAACACAAAAGUCAUCAGAUAAUGAAGAAGUAACGCCUUCGAAAAAAGUUCUUAAACAAGCUCGUCUUCCAUUUAUGAUAAUUAGUGAUGUAUCGCCAAAAUCUUCUCCAACUCAAACCAGAAAACGAAAACUUUCCGCUCCAGAAUAUGAACCAGUUACAAAAGUGGGAAAGAUUACUAAGGAAAAUGAGUUGGCUGAAGAAUCGGUAAUAAUUAGUGAUGAUGAUAGUAAAGACGCUCCAGAAGCUCAGAACAAAGUCGAUAAGCAACUUAACCCAUUUGUGAAACUAGUUGAUACUGCUAGGAAAAAGAAAUUACAAAAAUCCAAAGCUGCCAAGAAGAAAAAAAAUAGCAAAAGUUCAUUGAAAAAUAAAAGUAAUUGCUCAAUGGAAAAUAAUGAAAACAGUGAUAAAAGAUCUGAAAGUGUGGAGGAGAUGGAAGUUGAUGAGACUAAAGAAAUAGAAAAUACCAUAUCCAACGAAGUGAAAAUCUCAGAAGAAGAUAUAAAAAAUACAAAAACUGAAGAUAAUACUGUGAUUCUGCUAGAAGAUUUUAACUGUUCAGAAACAAACUCAGCAACUCAUAAAUCGGAUAGUGUAACAAACCACACUAAUUCUGAUGAAAAAUGUAAUGGUGAAACUGAGAACAUAUCUCAAGAACGUGAACAAAGUAAACCAAAAAUAAAUAAUGAAGAUGCGGUUACCCCAAAAAGAAGUGACAGAAUUAAAUCGAAGAGUGAGGACAAAAAUUUGAAUACUUCUAAGGAGGAUAACUGUGAGGAAUCAUUUAACUCAAGCCCUUCUACUCCAAGAAGGUCAGCAAGAAAUGUGUCAAUCUCAAAUAGCCAAGAGGAUAUAUCUGUGAAUGAAUCCAGUAAUACUAGUUUAACACCUAAACAACUUCAAAAGAAAUUAGAAUCUGCAAAAAAGAAAGAAGAAAGGGAAAAAGAGAGACUAGAACGUGAAAAAAAGAGACAGCAAGAAAAAGAAGAAAGGGCUAAACAGAGACAAGAAAAAGAAGACAGAAAAAACGAGAAAGGGAGGAAAAAGAAGAGGCUAGAAGAAAGAAAAAGAAGAAAAAGAGGAACAAAGAAGAAAAGAAAAAGAAGAGAAAGAGAAACAACGAGAAUUAGAAAAAAAGAGGAAAAGGAAGAACAAAAAAAGAAAGAGAAAGAAGCUAGGGAAGAGGAGAAAAGAAAAAGGCAAGAAGCUUUAGAACAAGAGAAACUGGAACAGGAACAGAAAAAGAAGAAAGCUGCUGAAGCUUUUGUUAGUUUCUUUGUGCCGAAACAAAAGGGUGAUAAAGAUCAAGUUACAGUAGGGCCGGUCAGCAAAAACAAUUUACUGUCAAGUUUCACAUUAAAAUCAGAUAUGAGAUUAGCUCCCACAAUUAGAGUUAAUUUAGAUGCUGAAAAACAAAAGACUUUAGACAAUCAUUUAAAAGAGCAAAAUGUUCCAGAAAAUGCUUUGUAUAUUAAAAACUUAAAAAAUGGUGUACAAAAGCCUUUAAGUAAUGGAAAAACUUGGCCCAUGAGUGAUAAAGAUGAUCAAGAUGAUGUGAUGAUAAUAGAAGAUGAACUACCGCCAGUAGAUGGCGCAGGAGAAAUAAUAUCCUGUGAUACAACAACCCGUGAGAAGCUUCGUCCAAAGCUUCUUGCUUUUCAUGAAAAUAGACGUCCACCAUAUUGGGGUACUUGGAGAAAGAAAAGUUCUAGUAUUAACCCGAGAAAACCUUUCACUACUGAUGAAAAACUUCUAGAUUAUGAAGUGGACAGUGAUGAAGAAUGGGAAGAAGAACAAGAUGGUGAAAGCAUAGAUGGCAGUGUUGCCAACAGUGAUGAAGAACAGGAUAAUGAUGAGUAUGAGGUUGAUAAUGAAGUAUUUGUACCACAUGGAUAUUUGAGUGAUGAGGAAGCAACCAUGGAUGGAGAUGAUGUACUAUCACUAUCACCUGAAACACAAAAAGCUAGGUUAAAGUAUUUAGAAGAUGAAUUCGAAUCUGAGUUAAAAAAACCAAUGGAAAAAUUAAAACCGAGGCUCUAUGGCUUGAUAUGGGAAACAGAGAAUGGAAAGCCAGAGAAAUGUGUUGAUGCAUUAUGGAACUAUUUCGGAAAAUUGGCUAUGAUUAUGGAUGACCCCACACCAUUGUUGCAGCCAUCAAAUGAAACAGAGGAGCCAGAAAAGAAAAAAGUAAAAAAGAAAAAAGCUCCUGACGGUGAAGAACAGAGUCCUAAAAACGAGAAAAAGAAGAAGAAAGUCGAAGAAAAAGAUGGAAAGAAACUUAAAGCUGAUAAUAAAAAAGUGCCAGAAAAGAAAAAUCAACCUGGAAUUAAUACAUUUUUAAAAAAAAUAAAGACUUCA